AGGGAGAUGGGCAGUUGCCUUCGCUCCCUCUCUCAGGGAUGCGAUUUGUGGCUGGCAGAGCUGUCCUGAAUGAAGAGACCAUGAGCAGUGAAUGUGCGUUACCUUAUUACACAGCCCACAGCUUCCGAUCAAUGGGUGUGUUCAAUACCUCGAUGGGGGACCUGCAAAAACAACUGUACAGGGGAGGAGAGUAUGAUAUUUUCAAGUAUGCACCAAUGUUUGAAAGUGAGUUCAUCCAGAUCAGCAAAAAAGGAGAGGUGACGGACGUGCACAACCGUGUUCGAAUGGUGACCAUGGGCAUCACAUCCACCAGCCCCAUCCUCCCACUACCUGAUGUCAUGCUGUUGGCCCGGCCAGUGAAAGUCCGUGAAGAGCAUGCUAUGGUUGGCCAGACCAUCAAGGGAAGGCGCCGCAAGCCCCCAAAGACCUUAGAGCUCACCAGGCUGCUUCCCUUGAAGUUCGUCAAGAUAUCCAUACACAAUCGUGAGAAACAGCAGCUGCGCGUAAAGCUUGCCACUGGCCGUACUUUUUAUCUGCAGCUGUGUCCCUCUUCAGAUGCCCAAGAAGACCUCUUUUGCUAUUGGGAAAAACUCGUUUAUCUCCUGAGACCACCAGUUGAGAGUUACAGCAGUACCCCAACCAUCCAAACUGCGGAUACACUGAUCACAUCUGGGUGUUGGACAGAGGAAGAAAGAAGCCUGGUGAGCACAGUGACCCAUGGAGAAGGGGAUCAGAAUGAGGUCCGGCUUCACAAGUUCCGUGAGGUAUCUGGAGCCACCUCGGCUGCUUAUGCUGGAGGAGAGGGAAUCCAACAUGCCUCCCCUUCCGCAAACAUGAAAUCUCCAGGUGCCAGAAAAGGGGCAGCAGCAGGUACGGCAGUAGCCGGGACAACAGCAGGCUCCGCAGGAGGCGCUGCGCUCGCGGGGACGACAGCCGGGUCCGCAGGAGGCGCCGCGCUAGCAGGGGCAGCAGCCGGGUCCGCAGGAAGCGCCGCGCUGGCGGGGACAACAGCAGACUCUGCAGGAGGCGCCGCGCUAGCAGGGGCAACAGCAGGCUCCGCAGGAGGCGCGGCGCUGGCCGGCGCAACAGCUGGCUCGGAGGCAGGUAUGGCAGUCGCUGGGGCAAGAAAAGCCUCCACAACAAACAUGGCAAUGGCAGGGACAGCAACUAGCCCUGCAGCAGGCUCGAUGAGCUUGGCAGCAACCAAGUCCACAGGAUCAAAACAGGCAAAUAAGACCCUGGCGGGAGCAGCCACCAAGGUCCCAAGAGAAAGUGGGUCCAGCAAGGCCAUGGCGGCUGCUGCCAGCAUGUCCUCAGAGGGUGUUAACGUGGCCUUGGCGGGAGCGGCAAGCGCAACUUCAGUGGCUUCCGACUUAUCAGUGGCGGCCACCACUGUCAGCCCAGACAGCAGCAUGAGCAUGGCGUUUGUAGAGACUACCAGCAAGCCUGCUGCAGAAGGGGCUGAAAGACCCCUGGUCUCAACCUUGCAGAGUGAAGGGUAUAUGUGUGAACGGGAUGGAAGCCAGAAAGUCCCCCCUCCCAGGGCUGAAACCCGGAAGGAAAAAAGGGAAAGAAGAGAGAAGGACAGACGUGCUGCUAGGAAGAGUUCCCGACACCACAGGACAGGUGAAAGUCACCACAAGUCAAGCCGAAAAUCAUCCUCCCACCGGUCCGUAUCCAGCCAGGGAGCCAAGAGAGAUGACAAAAAAGAAAAAGGCCAAGGCAGCCGAAGGCGCAGAGGACACAGCUCCUCCUCUCACAAAAGUGUUAGCCGCAGCCCCUCCGGCAAGGAGUCUCAGUCAGCUCCCAAACUGGGGAAGAGCCAGUCUGCAAUUAGUUCAGGCUCUGUAAGUAAGAAACCCAGUAGGAUUGGCUCUUUCUUGAGGAGCCUCAGAGUUGGUUCAAGUUCAAAAGCACGAGAGGUGGACAUUGUGGCGAAGACUGUGGAGAGGUGCAACAUAGAGACCACAGUGGAGAAAGCUCAGUAUGACCCAGAGCUGGAGAUCUGCGGAACCAUGACAUCUGAGACCACAGAGACAAUCAUCUUUGAAGCCAAGUCCGUUUAAAUAGGAGCCAAGCAGGAAGCUGCAAUAGAG